GGUAGCCAUGGGCCACAUCUGUAGAAUGAUGAAAUGUUGACAAUUACGUCAUCAAUGUCAUCAUUAUUUUAAAAAGCGCCAAAUUGGUAGCUAGAUACUGAAAAAGCAAAAAAAUAAGGAAUAGAAACAGCUUAGAAAUGAUUCAGUUUCUCUUUUCAUAAAAAAUCAGCUGUUUUAUGGUCUUUUUAUGAACAUCAAAAACAUCCGAUAUAUAUCGAUAUUAUCGAUAUCAGACCUCCGAUAUUUGGACGAUAUCGAUAUCCCGAAAUAUCGAUAAUAUCCCAUCACUAGUUUCCUGAGAGUUUGUUGUUGUAUGUACCUAUCUUAUGUCUGUUUUUGUGUGGUUUUUUUCUACGUUGUUAUGAUUUUCAUGUACUGUUAUGUUUAUUAAUGGCGAGUUUUUCCUAUUUCAACGAUACUCUGACAUUUUGUAUGUGAAGAUCGCUGUUUCACUCUCCAACAUCCAACAUGAAUUAUGUUUACGAGUACGAAGAUUCCAUGAACCAAUACGAAAAGUUAUUGAUGAGAAACUUCGCCAAACUCAAGUUCUUAAACCCAUCGUCGGAAUCAGAGUUCUCUGAAAUGGAAGGAGCAUACAUAACUAUUAAGAAAUACUUGGACGCAGCCCAAGAAAAUAUGGUAUCGUUGAAAGCAGAAUACCAUGAUUUAAACCAACACUACUCGUGUUUAUUCGAGGUUGAGGAUAAUGUUACCGAAGAACUUCCCAAUUACUUGAGACGUCAAGAAGCGCUAAGAUUGAAAUUCCUCGAAGUAAUUUACGAGAGUAAACGCAUCAACUCGUGUUUGGAUGAUAUUCUUUAUGGAAGUCCUGUCGAAACGCUCGAAAGAGAUUCCAUUCAAAGUCCACUGGAACGGUUUCAUGCUGCUCAUUGUGAAUUAAGUAAAGCGGUCGAAUUGGAAUCGUCUUCAGUUUGGGAAACAAAUAUGUCACCGAGGACGAUUGAUUAUGACGAUAGCGAUCCGCACAUGAGAAUGGAUGAUGAUCUUGAGACUUCGUUUACAAACGAAUAUACCGAAGAGUUGGUUACUGCAGUUGGAACACAAUCACCGGAAUCCGCUCCGUUGAAUGGUACUGAAUUUGUUCCAUCGAAACGGAAUAAAGACUCGAGACUGGUUGUAAAUCUUAAGAAUAGCAAGGCAAUUAUUUGCGACAUUUGCGGUCGGAAUUUCAAGCAUAAAUAUUAUUUAAAGCGACAUAUUAUGGCUGUUCAUGAAAAACUGAAACCAUUCAGUUGUGCCGAAUGCGGUAAAUCGUUUUCGAGGAAACAAAAUAUGAGAAUUCAUAUACUUCAGGAACACAUCUCAAAGCGCCAUUAUCCAUUCGUUUGCAGCAUUUGCGAUCGAAAGUUCGCCUGCAAGUCACAUCUAAACAGGCAUACAAUUUUGCAUGAAAAUCCGAAACCAUUCGACUGUACCCUAUGCGACAAAUCGUUUACAAGGAAAGAGCAUGUAAAAAGUCACGUACUUGUGAAACACACCCCGAAGCACCGCCAACCAUUCGUUUGCAACAUUUGCGACCGACGUUUUGGCAGAAGAGCUGAUCUGAAGAAGCAUACAAUUUCGCAUGAAAAGCAGGAAACAUUUUAAUUGCGCCGAAUACGAAAAAUCAUUCCCAAGGAAAAAAGCCAUGAGACGUCGUGUACUUUGUAAUCAUGUGACUCUUCGGCAGACUCAUUCUCAUUAUGACUGCCCGUAUUGCUAUCGUCGAUUCCUGCAUAAAAGUAGCAUAUCUUGUCAUAUUGCCGAAGAACAACAAUCAACUUUGAAAGUUGAAGGAUUCAUGGUGCACCGUAUGUGGCAAAAAAGGCUCAGAUUGCUUGAAAAAUCUCAAAUUAAAAAAAUUCCAUGAUCUUCUUCGCAACACAAAACUUUAUCUAGCGUUUAAAGACGAUGACCCCGCCCCCCCCCCCCUCCGAAACGACUGUCGCCAUUUUCGGGCCGAUGUGAAUCCUCCAGCACAAUUUGAAGCAAUUUCAAAUUGCUCUUGAAGGUGUUGUGAUAAAUUUCGGCCUCUGAAAUCUGAUAAAAUUGGUUAUAAAUUUGACAUUCCGAAUCAUUUGGAGGCGAUGAAUUGCAAAUCUGAGGUGGCGUGUUGAUAAGCACGUAUAUAUUUUAUUAACAGCUGAAAAAUCUCAAAUCUCAAAAAAUAAUCCAAUGUCAAUUUUGUAACAAUUUUCUUACAACUUCUUCCAACUGCCUCAAGUCGACCUACCCCCACACUCAAGGCAGACUAAAAGGCACAUUUUACUGUAUCAGAUGAACGUCGAGUGGAUGGAAAUAAUACCCUAUCGUUUUUAGGUCAGUAUUGUGAGCGAUUUGAAAUUGCUGGAGAAAACCCGGUUUCAGAUUGAUUGCAAAAUGAUGCAAAUCGAUUCAGUGGUCGACUUCAGAAAGUAGAUGAAAUUUUGAGCAAUUUGUUGCAAAAAUUGACGAUUUUUGAAUUUUUUAAAAUUUGAGAUUGAUAAAAAAUUAUACUUUUCAUUUUUCAACUUGUCACCUCAGAUUUGCGAUUCAUUCGCCUGAAUCUAUUUGAAAUGUGGAGCUUAUCACAGGAUUAAAUUUUUAGCUGCUGAAGUUGAUUAAAACGCCUUCUGGAGCAAUUUGAAAUAUUGUUGGAGUAAAUUCAACUUUUUCUGGAGAUUUCAGAUGGACUGAAAAAUGGUGGCGAUCGAUUCGGGGGUUCGACUUUAGUAUAUAUAAACUGAGUUUGAGAUUUUCAUCUUUAUGUUUGCUAUUUUUGUAAAAAAUUAUCAAUAGUCAUUUCCACAAUUUCCAAAAAUACGCCAAAAUUCGAAAAAUCAACUUCGACAGCUGAAAAUUUGGUUCUGAGAGAUGGAGUGGACCAAAUUUCGGCUCAAUCGCUUUUCCUUGUUGUUUCGCCUUUUUUUUUUAUCGUAGAAAAUAAUAUAUAAAUGCCUUUACUCCUUCAGCAUGUAUUUUGAUUUUUAAUUCUGCCAAUUUUCAAUUUUAAUCAUUAGUUUGAUAAGUUACUAUUUUUUAUGUUCUUAAAGAUUUCACUGAUGAACUGUUUUCGACUUUGUGCCUACUUUUUAAAUAGUUAAAGGCUUUUGUGCCGAGGUACGCUGGUUUUAUUUCAUAUUUUAAUAUUUUUUAUCCUAUUAUCAAUGCGGUUUACUCACUAUUAUUUUAAAUUUUGUUAUGAAGAAAUAUACUUGUGCGUGAUUGUUUUA